GCCCAAGCAGCUACUCCCAUCACCGCGACUGCAGUUUCUACCAUAACGACGAGUAUUCAGAUCACAGCUCUUUGCACUCUCCUCACAAAAUGUUCACCGACGACGGUCCUCUCUUUAGAAAUGAUCAUAGACGACCGAUGAUCAGAGCACCUUCGAAGAUUCCCAUCACGCACGAAAGUGUUGAGCAACUCUUCAUGUCGCCUCCGGGCACUGCGAAGGGGGAGUUCAACCGCCUCUCUCCUACACCCCCCAACAAUGGCAACCCAACUCCCGCUCCAGCUCCAGCGCCAGCUCCACCCUUGGCUAACCCGGCGCCAAUGUACGUAUUAAUUCCCCUCUCAGAUAUGUAUCCAUCUCGACUGGGAUAACAAAGAAACUAACACAAACCUAGCGCCAUCUGCGGUGUCCUCAUGUCUGUUGGCCCCCUCGCCUGCGAUCUCAUGGGCUGGCGCGGGGCCAGCGGCGGAGGAGCAGCUAAUACACCUGCAUUCCUCUUCUUUGGUGGCGUCCUCAUGCUACUCGGGGGAAUCCUCGAAUACAUCCGGCGCAACACCUUCCCCGCCGUUGUAUUCUCCUCCUUCGGCGCCUUCUGGCUCACCUUUGGCGCUACGUUGAUGCCGCAGUUCAAUGCAUAUGCUGCGUAUGCGCCUACAGGGGCCGCAGCGGUGGAGGGGUUGAAGACGAAGGGGUUUAAUGCCAGUUUUGGCUUCUUCGCCCUCUCGAUGAUGAUCCUCUGCUUCGUAUACAUGAUCUGCGCCAUACGAACGAACUUAGUCUUUCUCCUCAUGUUCGUUACCCUCACUCUGGUCUUCGGUUUCGUGACGGCGGCGUAUUUUGUUCUUGCGUCUAAUUACGCGGGCAACGCUAAGCUGGCUGGUAAUUUUCUCGUGACUGCUGGUGCGUGUGCAUUCACCACCACUGCAAUUGGGUGGUAUACGUUUCUCUCCAUGAUGUUCCAGUCGGUCGACUUCCCCAUCGUGCUACCAGUUGGGGACUUUAGCAAGACGACAAAGCGACAGAGCGAGCCAGCGUCAUCGAAGGUAUGA